AUGCGACUCCAGGAACAGGACAGCGGGCCCCAAGGUGAGACAGAAUACGUCUCUAUAUGGAGGACCGACCUGGAACUGACCGGUCAGGGUCCACCUCAGACUUCAGGCAGCCCGUCCCAUCCAGACUGUCUGGAUUUCAGAAGUUUUCUCUUCAUCACAGAAGGAGCCGGGUGUGGUUCGUGGCUGUUUAGAGCCACCGCCGAUGAAGACAAGGAGAACAGGGGGUUAGCUGUUCCUGCCCCAGGAGGGGAGGCUGGACGCCUCCUGACUGAGGUCGUGGCCGCCAUCUUAGGACACGGCUGCGUCAUUCCUUCAACACCUGAACUUGGAGUAGACAUCUUGAAGAGGACCACCGGUUUUAUGUUUUAUAUUUGUAAGUUCACCUUAAGUUUUGAUCUUCUAUGGGAGCAUUUUCCUGUUUACCGUUUUGAGUCUGUGUGGCAGCGGUCCCUUCCAGCUCCUUCAAUGAUAGCCAAGCCCAUCGAGCUGAAGGAGGGAGCAGGACGGACCCAGACUCAGUACCGUUCAGAGAAACAGAGACACAAAGAGAUGGAGCUGAAAGUCAACAACAUGGAGGAGGAAAUGCAGGACCUGAGGACUGACAAAGAGAGUCUGGAACGAACACUUUCAGAACGGAAGAAGAAGAAGAAGUGGCAGGCAGAGCGCCAGCGUCGGGAUGAAGAGGUCGAGGAACUACGCAAGAGCAGCCAGCAGGAACUGGAUAACGUCUGGGCUCAACUCCGCAAGGCCCGAACCAGCAACGACAACGCUGCAUCUGAACAGCUGCAGACGGAGCUGGAGGAGGAAUGGAAGGGGAAGUGUGAACAGGCGGUGGCCGUGGCCAAAGAGCAGCACAGGAGAGAGCAGAGUGAACUCACAGAGCAGAGGGACGCUCUGCAGGACAAGCUAAACCAGCUGCAGGAGAAGUUCACAGCUCUGAAACAGUCGAAAGAGUCCGAAGAACAGAGUUUACUGCAGCAGCGGAGUCACACUGAGGAGCUGAACGCCCUUCAGGAAAAAUACACAGCCUUGGAGCAGCAGGGAACAGCUGUACGAGAGAAACUGGAGAGGAGAGUGGUUGAACUGGAGAACAAACUGGCAGAACAACAAGGUUCAGGAGACACUGCAGCAGAGGUGAAGCGUGUGAUGAAUGGAGUGUUCCAUUCUCUGCGAGGGGAGUUUGACCUCAGUGAGUCGUACAGUGGCCAGGCUGUGUUGGGGUGA